GUCGCAGUGGCUGUCCUUCCUCGCACACCUCUGGUUUCUGAUCUCUUCAUCCAAACAGUAACCACAAACAAACUACGCCAGAAAACAAAAACCUCCCUCCCUCACUCCCUCCUUUCUUUCAUCAAAUUUCCUUUUCUUAGAAGGAAAAAAGAAAAAUGACAGUAAACUUAGGCUCCUCCUCCUGCCUCUCUCUCUUGUUCUCACACUCUCCUCCUCCUCCAGUCUCCAAACUCUUUCCAAAACCAAACUACAUUACUAAAGCCACUCUCAUCUCCCUCGUAUUUUCUUUCAAUAAAAUCACUCCAUUCCUUUCCACUUCAAGAACACCGUCUUUAAAACCACUCCCUUUUUCCCUAAGCCAAUCCGAUAACGGCAUCGUAGACAACACCAACUCUGUUUUAUCACUAAACGAAGAGUCACUUUCUAGAGUCUCCGCUGCUAAAGACGCCAAUGAAGCAUUACAAAUUAUCGCCGAAAUUACUAACAGAAGCAACGGUUUAGUUAGUGUAACCGAUUGUUGUUGUAUUAUAACGGCCGCCAUUGAUCGCAGCAAUGCCGAUUUGGCUCUCUCUGUUUUUUACGCUAUGCGUUCCAGCUUCGACCAAGGUAGUGAUACUGAGAUUGAGAGAUGGAAAUGGUCACGGCCGGAUGUCAGUGUUUACACGUCAUUAGUUCAAGGUCUUGCUGCGGCUUUGAAGGUUUCUGACGCUCUUAAGAUGAUUGAUUAUAUUUGCCGCAUUGGAGUUUCGCCUAGCGAAGAGGUUCCGUUCGGGAAGGUAGUGAGAUGUCCAACUUGUAUGAUAGCUGUUGCUGUUGCACAACCUCAGCAUGGCAUUCAGAUUGCAUCUUGUGCCAAGUGCCGAUACCAGUAUGAGCUUGUUUCUGGGGAUAUCACUAGUAUUGACUCAGAAGCAAUCAGCAUGGAUCUUCCAGCUUGGGAAAGGGGGCUGAGAUUUUUGCAAAUAAUGAAGCAAAGUAUUCCUGCAGCUGUUCACUCCAUUGUGGUACAGACCCCUUCUGGUAUGGCACGGACACAGAGAUUUGCUACUGAAACAGUUGACCUUCCAGCACAAGAAGGUGAAAGGGUGACCAUUUCUUCAGCAGCUCCAUCAAAUAUUUAUAGAAAUGUUGGCCCUUUUAAAUUUAGUCCAAAGGCGCCCAAUGUCUACCCUGGAGAACCUUUGUGCCUGAUGAACCAUGAAAAUGAUCGGGAGUCACUUCUGUUAAGAGCCCCUGUAAAAGAUGGAAAGUUAUCCUUGCUUAACCCUUCUGUCCUUGUUCCACUUCUUGCUGUCUUGGCUACUGGAGACGCUGCAUCUGGUAUUAUUGAUCCCAGCUUGCCCCAGUUCCUUUUAGUUGCUGCUAUUUCUUCUCUGGGUGUUGGAGCUACUCUAAAUAAACUAGUUCUCCCGAGAUUGAACCAGCUUCCUCAAAAGUCAGUGGAUGUAACUGGAAUCAAGCAGAAGCUGAUCACCUCCUCUUCUUUCUCCUUCAAAAUUAUUUUUAUAAACACGAUAACGUAACCCUCCAUAAAUACUGCACUUCAUUCUCUCUUGCUAA